AUGUAUUAUGGAAAUGAGGAUAAUUCGUUGAAAGAUGUAAUAAAGGAUGUUCUCGAUAUGCUUUGUGGUGUGAUAAGUAGCGAAUCUUUGAGGGAUAAUGACAUGAUAGCAACGAUUGAUCAUAUAGAUGGCAAGGAACCCACUUGUUCUAGCAGCAAGGAUUUUGCAGAUUCAUCAUCUGUAAAUGAGGGAAAUGAUGAUGACUGGACAGCGCGACAUUAUCGCAUGGGUAUUGCUGCCUUCCUCAAACAAAAUUCUCGACUAGAAGGUGUGUCUUUUAGAAAAAGGAAUGUGAGCGUACUGUCAGAAAAAGAAAGUGGUAAUAUUUCUUCAAGUAAUAUUACGAAUCGGAAGGCCGAUGAUAAUCAGGAAAUACGAAAAAAGAUUGCACGACCACAAUAUUCAAAUUUCAAAGAAGUAUUUAGAGAGAGAGAGCUUUUCGUAACAAAGUCUGUUGAUUAUGGUUUCAAUAUAUCGCAUUCUUGCAACAACUACAUAAAAUGUUGCAAAUGGAGCAGUUCGGGUAGUUACUUAGCUACGACUAGUCAAGAUAGGGUGGCUCGGAUAUUCCAGCUUGAUCCUGAAAAUUUCAGUCUAAAGUUGAAAUCUUCAAUGAGUAUGGGUGAUUUGAUCUAUGACUCAUGUUGGCAUCCGAUCAAUGAUUGGUUAGUAACAAGUAGCAAGGACCAUCCGAUCCAUGUAUGGAAUUCAGACGGACGGUGGUUGGCAACAUUUCGUGGCAUUAAUAACAUGGAUGAAUUGGAUAAUGCUCAUUCAUUGUGCUGUACUUCUGAUGGUUCCUGCUUAUAUGCUGGCUACAAAAGCAGCAUUAGGAAAUUUGAUAUGAAUCGUCCUGGACAUCAAGUUUCCGAACUGAUUACAUGGAAUAAAGAAUCGAAAGGACAGAAAGGUAUUAUCUCCUGUAUUGCUAUCAGCCCCAUACUACCAACAAAUUAUGCUGCUGGAUCAUAUGGUAAAACAGUUGGUUUUUAUUCGGACUAUUCGCCGAGUGUAGAAUGCAUGUUCGAAUGCCCGCUGGCAGUAACCUUACUUCGCUAUAGUCCCGAUGGUAACUUCUUACUGACAGCAGGAAGAAAGGACGAUGAUAUUAUAUGUUGGGACUUGCGGUAUCCUGGAAAGAUAUACAGCUUAUAUAAACGGCCUUCGACAACUAGUCAGCGUAUUUAUUUCGACAUAGACAGUUCAGGCACAUAUUUAUUCAGUGGCAGUAGCAGUGGUGAAUUAUAUAUCUUCGAUUUAAAAUGCACUAAUGGUGGUGAACCGCUGCCUCCAUGCGUCCAACUGUCCGCACAUAGCUCAGCACUAUGUGGCUUGAGCAUCCACAAGGAACAACCACUCGUAGCCACUUGCAGUGGACAAAGAGUCUUUCCGUUCCCUCAACUUGAUCAAAUGGAUAUUGAUUUGGGGAGCACAUAUGAAGAUAUAAAUUCGCCGGAACUUCUAGAUAAUUCUUUAGUUUUAUGGUCUUUUGACCAAUAA